CACCAACAGCCUUGGUGAAGGGAUCUGCAAGUUGCUUCUCCGUUGGAAUGUAGGUGACGUUGAGGAAGCCUCGUUGCAUCUGAUCACACACAAGAUGGCAGUCGAGCUCUAUAUGCUUGGUGCGCUUAUGCUCGACUGGGUUGGAUGCCAUAUGGAUGGCUGAUUUGCUGUCACAGUGUACCUGUAAUGGGAGCUGUACAUGCUGAUGCUGUCACAGCGGACAAAUCAAUACUAACUUUCUUCUUUUCCGGGGGCGAGUUUUUCCAUCACACUCUCUCAUUGUCAUUGACCUCCGUCUCCCUCAUCUGAUCACUCUUUCCCCUUUUUCUCCCUUCUUCAACCCCAAAGCUCUUUCACUCUCCACUUGCGAUUUCAACACUGUAUUGAGCUGGGACUUUUCUGGAUUCCUGAUCUGGGUCAUAUCAAAGUUCCGACCUUUUGACGGUUUCAAUCUGUAUCGAGAUUCUUGUGCGCUCUUAACCUCAUGAUCCCAUUGCUUCUUCUUCCGUUGUGCAUUGCUGAAUCACUCGCAUCUGGGUAUGCUUGAUCUCGGCCGAUAUUGUAGCUCGAGAGCUGGAUUUGAAAUAUCAUGAGCACUUAUUCAAACAGCCCAAAGUCUUUUAAUGCAUAUCCACGGGGCGAUUUCGUUGAUCUAGAAUCGGCCACAUUGAAAAGGCCCCGCAAGUCCAAGAGUUCUUCCUCUCUUCACCCUUUGCGGAUGCUCAAAUCUUUAGGAAAUGGUUUCCAGUAUCACUACAAACUGCAUCCACUGCGGGUACUCUUCAUUUCCCUGUUGUUUGGGGUAUCAGUUCUCAUAAUUGUGUCUGUUUACCAGAGCCACCACAGAUCAAUGAGUUAUUACCAGAGUUUGGAUUUGGAACCGAAGGAGUAUCCAUAUGCCAAUCUGAAGAAUCUUGUGAUGGUUGCGGGACAUUCUAUUUAUACGACUAGUAGUUGUGGUGAUGCUGAUAAGGAGGAUUCUUGGUUUUUGGAGCCUUACCAGAAGCAUCCAGGUCAAGCUGCUACAUUCCUGGCUCACAUACAAGAAGGGGUUGAGAAUGUGGCAAAGGAUAAACAAGCUUUGCUUUUGUUUAGUGGUGGUGAAACUAGGAAAAAUGCUGGUCCGAGGAGUGAGGCCCAGAGUUACUGGGCUGUUGCUGAAUCGAAAAAAUGGUUUGGUAAUGAAGACAGUGUGAAAUGGAGGACACUGACUGAAGAACAUGCAAGAGACAGCUUUGAAAACCUUCUGUUCAGCGUAUGCCGGUUCAAAGAGCUUACUGGAACUUAUCCCCAAAAUAUAACGGUGGUUAGUUAUGAUUUCAAGGAGGAAAGAUUUGCUCAACUGCAUCGAUCAUCAAUUCGGUUCCCUGAGUCAAAUUUCUUCUACUCUGGCACCCCAGCCUCACCGGCAGCAAAAGAAGCAGCUGCGAAAGGUGAGGCAUUAGUGAGGUAUCAGUUUCUAGAAGAUCCAUAUGGCUGUCGAGGCUCACUCUGGCGUAAGAAGCUCGGUCGUGAUCCAUUCCAUCGGUCCAUCCCGUAUCCGAACGGCUGCCCAGAAAUCGAUGGUCUGUUCAGAUACUGUGGACAAACUCUCUAUCCAGGUUCUCUUCCGUGGGAUUAACCAGUAAAAAUUUUCUCUUUAAUUCUUCAUAUAGAGGGUAAAGCUAGAAACUUUUCAGCAUAUUGGUUGAGUAGAUAAUACAAAAGCUUGUUCUCUGCUGCACCCUUCUUGCAUAGUGUUGAUAAUACAUCAUCAUCUCACAACAAUAUUUUAUACAGAGAAAACUAAGUCCAAAUUAGUUCUAUGCUUUUCUAGUUGCAAUUAAGAACUAUGAUCGGAAAUCUGGCAGUGAAAAUACAUGAUGUUGCUGUAUUUGGCUGAAACACUGCAAAUCAUUAACAUUGAU